AUGGACCCUGGAACAAGGGAGACGAUCCUGGCCCCGCUGCCUUUCUACCACAUCACUGGGCUACUGCAAUUUCUGCACGUGCCAAUCAUGUUCGAUCAAGACGUCGUCCUGUUGAGCAAGUUCAACAUGGCAGACAUGAUGAAGACUAUUCUGUCGUACAAGUGCAAGGAACUAUGGCUAGUUCCUCCACUGUUGAUCCGCAUGGUCAAUGAGGAGGUGGCCAGAAAGAAUGAUCUAUCAUUCGUCAGGCAGCUCACUACUGGAGCAGCACCCCUGUCUCCACAAGUCAUCGAGAAACUCGCCAAAGAUUUCCCUCAAGCAAAGCUCAGACAAGCGUAUGGAAUGACGGAGAGUUGCAGCUGCCUCACGACUACUCCCAAGGAUCUACAGGUCUAUGCGAAUGCUGACAAGGUGGGGAAGUUGGUUCCAGGCACGCAGGUCAAAGUGGUCGAUCCCGCGUCUGGCAAAGAGGUUGGGUAUGGUGAGGAAGGCGAGAUAUGGGCCCUCGGCCCUCAGGUUACUAUGGGCUAUCUGAACAACAAAAAAGCAACAAGCGAAACAUAUGACGAAGACGGCUACUUACACACCGGGGAUCUGGGCAUCAUGCGGCCAGAUGGCUUCGUGACUAUCCAUGAUAGAAUCAAGGAGAUGAUCAAGGUCAAGGGUCACGGAGUAGCCCCUGCAGAGCUAGAGGACACUCUUCAUGGGCAUGAAAAGGUUGCAGACGUUGCAGUCAUCGGUAUACCGGACGAGUACGCCGGUGAGGUGCCUAAAGCCUUUGUAGUACUAAGAGAAGGCGUCAACAAGUCUCAAGAGACAGCGCAAGAACUAGAAAAACAUGUGGAGGGGCUAAAGGCACGGUAUAUGUGGCUUCUCGGAGGGAUUGAGUUCAUUGACCAGAUCCCUAAGAGUGCCGCUGGAAAGAUCCUUCGGCGCAACCUGAGAGAGAUUGAAAAGAGGAGGCGAGAGGCAAACAAGACGGAGUCCCGUUUGUGA